ACUCUCCCCACUUCUUUCGCUCUCUCUCUUUCUCACGACCACCCAUAACUCCAUCUUCUUUUCAUCAAUCAAUCAAGAAAAACCGGCAAAGAUCUCAUCUUUUCUCAAAAAUCAAAGCAUAUCAAGCAAUGGGUGGCACUUCCAAGUGGAUAGGAUCUCUAAUUGGUCUCAAAAAACCAGAAAAAUACCACAAUGUGAAGAUGGGCCGCACUGGGGAGUGGAAAAGAUGGAAGCUUUGGAGGAGUUCUUCACCAACUUCCGACACAGCCUCCGACGCUACAUCAGUGACCACCGUCGCGGAGGUGGCCCGAGCUCCGAUGAGAGAUUUCAAGGAAUGGGCUGCUAUCAAAAUUCAAACCGCAUUCCGUGGAUUUCUGGCAAGGAGAGCACUGAGAGCAUUGAAAGGAGUGGUGAGGCUUCAAGCGCUGGUGAGAGGACAGCAGGUGAGGAAACAAGCGGCGGUGACGCUGAGAUGCAUGCAAGCGCUUGUGAGAGUGCAAGCGCGCGUGCGCGCUCGCCAUGCGCGCAUGUCCGCCGAGGGCCAAGCUGUGCUUGAGAUGCUCCAAGCUCGCCAUAACUCCAUGGAUGAUGCCUUGAAGCAAGCUGAGGAGGGAUGGUGUGAUAGUCAAGGGACAUUGGAGGAAGUGAGAGAAAAGCUGGAGAAGAGGAAUGAGGGAGCUAAGAAGAGGGAAAGAACAAUGGCUUAUGCUCUUUCUCAACAGCAAAGGAGGGCAAGUAAAACAUGCACAAGUGUGAGGAAUGAAGUUGAGGAGAAUUACUGGGGAUGGAACUGGUUGGAAAGGUGGAUGGCAGCAAAGCCAUGGGAAAACAGGUUGACGGAAAAGAGUAGUAGCCAGAUUGAUCAAUCUGGGGAUAUGUUUUGUUUGAAGAAUUUGGAUUUUGAAACUCCUUGUUCAGUAAAUAUCAAAAAGAAUAAUGUGAGUACAAGGAUUUCUGCAAUACCAAGCUCCAUGGAUGAGGAAUCGGUGGCGUCGAUGAGUAAAUUUAAUCGAAGACCAAACUAUAUGAAUUGCACUAAAUCAAUGAAGGCCAAACAGAGAACAAGGAGUAGACAAUGUUCAAUGGAUCUUUCUUUCUCUGGUUUGGUUUCAUCUGCUAAACUCUUGAAUGGAAUGCAAUGGAAUGAGAAGCUUACCAGAAGUUUGAACAAUUAGUUUGAGGUGGUAAUUGUGUAUUGUUUGUUAGGGAUUGGCAUCAUGUUGUUGUGAC